AUGGUUUGGCCGCCGGAAGGCCCGGCGCGGCCUGCAGCGGUCCUCGUCGCUGCCCAACAUGCACCUUCAGGGCGAACGCCCCGUCGUGCCCAACAUCUUUCCAGACAUGGACGUCCGGUCGCUGCGGCUUGCCGAAGUCCGGAGCUGGCGCUGCCCUUGGAUGACCAACGACGUGCCUGGGCCCGCACCGCGGUCGGUUGCGCAUGA